AUGGUACCUCAAAUAUCCCAAGACCCCAUGUAUGUCUGGUUCUGUCUGUAUAAGACUGUGCUCUGUUUGGGCACAUCGUUAGUCGCCAUGGCUUACAGCGAUGCAGGACCGUGCAGCUGUUGCAGCCAGGCACCUACAUGGUCCACGGCGAGCUCGCCUGCACAAAGGAAUGUUGCUGGAAACCAAUUCUCGAGACUCAAAGCUUUCUCAAUGGCAAGUCAGAGGACGGACGUUGCCAAAGCCUUGGCAAGGAGGCAAAGACGAGACUCCGAGUCAAGGCAGGGCGCGCCAAGAAAGGUGCUGCGUGCCGCCGCUCCGGAAGGACCUCCCCAUGGUCCAGCUAGACCUCGAUCUGCUUCCGUGAGUGCAGCCUUGGAGCGAGCACUGGCCUUUGGCGUGGAGCUGCCGCAGAGACCUUGCAGUCGCCCGUCGCCACGCAUCCGCGGCGCCGCAUACAUGCCCCCGCCAGUUGGGGAGCCCUGCAGGCCGUACCGCAAGGAGCCAGCCUGGGACCCUGAAGCCAAGGCCUUCCGGAUCUUCUGCGACUCCGUGGCUUCCCUGACCCGGCUCCCAGUGCCCAGCGAGCAGUACGAAGACCGAUGUCAGCGCCAGGCCAUUCGCUUUGUGCCCUUUGCGCUCUUUCCGUCCGCGAGUGCUUCGAGGACCUCGAGUGAGCUGAGGCCAGUUCCUAGCCAGGUUUCUAUUGAACUUGUGGGCGAUCUCGUGUACGUUGAAGGACAAGAGGAAGAUGGAGGGGGACAUUCAGACACAAAGAUGCUGAGCGGCCUCUUCCCAGCUAGUGCUUUUAACCUGUGCUCACAAGGCUGCUCUGACCCAAGGGCCAAGUUCCAUUCAGAUUUCAAGUCGACUUUGAUCGAUGCGCUGGUGCUGGCGCCAACCCGGGAGCUGGCGCGACAGAUCCAAUUAGAGGCGCUCCGCUUCGGGCGCUCCUCGGGCAUCCUUUGCUGCAACUGCACGGGCGGCGAGUCCAAGGGCGAGCAGCUCGAGUGGCUGAAGCGGGGCUGCCACAUUAUCGUGGCCACCCCGGGCCGCUUGAAUGAGGCCCCCUCCGCAGUUGUGGUGAGACUGCCCUACAAGGCGGCAGACUCUACUCUUCAGUGCAACGUGGCCAAAGGCCGGGGAGGGAGACACCGGACCUACACAGACGUCAGACACCCCAGGCAGCAGCAAAGUGGAGGGACCUGCCGGAGGCCUCUGGCACUUUUGUUGGCCGGGUGCGCCGCCGGCGAUUUCAUUGCCCGCGAGUUUGAAAUGGAUCUCAAGGAGAACAUCUCGAUCCCCAUCACUCCGGGGUUUACAGCCCUGUCGCCCUACCUGCCGGGCAAGCUUGUGGUGACUAGUUUCGAAGCCACACCCUUCGUGGGCAAGAACGGCGUCUUCCUCGUGGACGUCGGCGCACAUUCAGGGCCUGCUCAGGAGCUGCCCGGCAGCGGAAAGAUAAAUUGGCCGAACAGCAUCACCACUUUGAAUGCGAGCGUUUUUGGCUUCACGGCCGUUGCCGUUGGGAAUGGCUUCCUCGUGCCGACUCACACGACAGGUGGUGUCUACAUCCUAGAGGCGUCGACGCAGCCGACAACAUUAAAGGAACCUGUCAAGAUUUCAAAAGACUUGUCUGGACGACUGCCGGAUUCCGGCUGGUUCUACCAUCAGGCCCACUUCGUCGACAUGGAUGGAGAUGGAAGGCAGGACGUGCUCACCGCCCGGUGCGAGUAUGGCGUCUGGCCCUGGGACAAGAAGCAAGGGGAGCUGGUCUGGCUGAAGCAGCCGGCCAAGGAUGCAUUGAACGGGCAGCCCUGGGAAGAGCGUGAGCUUGGCCCCGGCCCAGACUUCCUCUUCUGCGUGCAUCCGAACAGCUCACGGCUUUCCCUGGUUGCCCCCGAGUUUGUUAGCGGCCGCGUGGUCUACUGGUACAUGCAGGAGGACGGCUCCAUGCGGAGUCGCCUGCUCGACGACACUAUUGGCCCUGGCUUUUCCUGCUCCUGGGUCGAUCUGAAUGCAGACGGGCACCUAGACUUGCUGGUAACAAACCAUGCGGCGGAGAAUGGCUCUGUCUUUGCCUAUUCCUUCAGUAGUGAGGACAUUGUCACCGCGGGGGUGUCUCGACAUGUCCUGGCAACAGGCUUCACACCUGCCAAGAUAGACAAGGGCAAGGCCUCCCCGGGGGAUGCCAUGGCUUUCCAGCCCCAAACCAACCUCACCGGCAAGCCGCACAUCUUCGUGUCUGGAGACAACUCCAACAGCAUCUUCCUUUUGACCCCUAAAUCGAAAGAUCCAGCGAAUUGGACCUACAUGCUAGAACAGGUGCAGGACUUUGGUGCAGAUAUCGGUCGACCGUCUAUCGGUGAUGUGGACGGCAAUGGUUUCGCAGACAUCUUCGUGCCUCUGUACGAUGCCAAGAAGAUCGUUCACUAUGAGUUUCGCCCGCGUGGCAGAGCGAUUGAGAUCCACGUCUAA